AUGGGACCUUCAUCUUUACAAAGUUUAAUUGAAGCUAUUCAUGCCUCACCAGUGCGGUGUGUGUUGUAUAUUGCCGGUGCUGGAAGUUGUGCGAUUUCUCAUCUCACGGCAGUUCCCGGCUGCUCCCGUACUCUUCUUGAUGCCCGUGUGCCCUAUUCCUUAACGGCAGCUGCGGAGAUGUUAGAGGAUCAUCCAACGAAAAUGGUGAAUACGGCGGUGGCAAGACAAUUCGCUCAACAUGCCUAUCAUAACGCCAAACGCUAUAUGAAUGCUCAAACAAUGAAUAUAUCUAAUUCUAAUACUAGUAAUACUAGUGAAAGUGAAAUUAUUAUUGGUAUUGGUUCUACCUCUGCUGUGCAAACAAACCGUAGUCGACAUGGAAAAGAUUGUGCCUUUGUGGCUGCAUGGAAUCAAGAAGAAGUGGUGGAAUACACUGUGGAGAUCCCACAACAUCUAUCCCGCACAGAACAGGAAGAACAAGUAACUUUCUUACUACUUAAAGUAUUAGCAGAGGCUGCGAGUAUUCCUUUUACGAUACCUUUAAUAGUGGAACCAACAAGGCAAAGUUAUCCUAUUCCUAAAUCUCCAUUGCAGUGUCUAUUUAAAAAGGAAAUUCCAUGUAUUGUUUUCAAUACACAUGGAGAAGUGCGUGCGGAUCUCAAACCAUAUACAUUAGAAACACCUUCUGUGAAAGAGAGAAAUACGAUAAUAAUUCAAAAACAACUUUUAUUUCCGGGUUCAUUCUCUCCAUUACACUGGGGACACACAGAACUAGCACGGGCAGCUAUACAAACCGUUGUGAAGAUGAUAUCUAAAGAUAUGCAAAGUGUGAAGAAGGAAGAAAUGUGUUGUACAUUAGAUGAAGUGGAUGAAAAUAAAGUUCAAUUAACAUAUGAGAUUACAAUUCAUAAUGCUGAUAAAGGAGUUAUUCAAUCAGAAACAGAAAUUGAGAGACGAAUACAACAAUUUCUACAAAUUGGUAAACGAGUGGCUGUAACCUCUGCACGUCUCUUUUCUGAAAAGGCCACAUUAUUCCCUAAUCAUGGCUUUGUUGUUGGUAUUGAUACGGUGAAACGUAUAUUUGAUUUGAAGUAUUAUGAGAAUUCACGUGAGGCCAUGAUAGAAUCUAUGCUAUUCAUUAAAUCCAAAGGAGGAUUCUUCGUGGUAGGUGGGCGUACAGUCACUAAUGGAGAAGAAAAUACAUGGGAAGAUUUAAAUUCUAUUAAAGUUCCAGAGGAAUUGGAGUCAAUGUUUAUCCCCAUUUCAAAAGAGGAUUUCCGUGUCGAUGUGAGUUCAACAGAGCUGCGCAAAAAUAAAGAAAAAGAAAAGGUGUAA